AGAGAUUCGUUCCACUCGCAUGAUCUGGUCUGGUGUGUGUGUGUGUGUGUGGUGUGUGUGUUAGAGGCAAAGAAAGCCACUACUGAAAGUGACAAGCAUGUCCACCUCCAGGGUAACCCUGCACUCAAAACUAACUGCUGUGUCCAGCAAACCCGGGUCGGGUAAGACCCAUACCCUAUCCGCGUUGGACCAUGCCAUGGGUUUCCACACUGUCCACAUCAUAUUCUACUACAAGAACGACGACAACUUGUUUGGAUCGUUUGAUAUUGAUCCGUUGAGGGAGUCAUUGUCCGAGGUUCUUACUAUGUACCCGACAAUGACGGGUCGGUUGGCCCGAGGAAUGGAUGGUAACUGGCAAGUUCGGUGCAGUGAUGCGGGUGUUCGGGUCUUAAAGGCCAAAGUGGAUACCACACUCGAUGAAUGGCUCUCAUCUGGAUCCCAAGAGUCACAUUUAAUUGCUUGGGAUGAUAUGCCAGAUGAUCCUAGCCAAUGGUCCCCCUUUCGAAUUCAGAUAAACAGCUUCCGAGAAGGAGGUGUUGCAAUAGGACUAAGUUGUAGUCACAUGCUUGCUGAUCUAACUUGCGCAGCAUCAUUCCUUAAAUCAUGGACUGAAGCACACCGACGCUUGCCCAUUACCAACCCUCCUUUCUUCAGUUCACUUCGAAACGCAGAUGCUACGUCUCUCACUCGCUAUGCAACAAUUCCAUCCACAAAGACACAAACAUCUCCUUCAAGAAACAUGGCCACGGCCACUUUCAAGUUUUCAAGUUCAAGCAUCGAGCUGUGUCUCUCAAAAGUCCAUGAUGAAUGCCCCAAUGCUACCCCAUUUGAUUUCCUUUCGGCUCUGUUUUGGACUCGUAUUGCUCGCUUGAAGCUUCCAAAAAACCAUGACCAAACUCAUUCUCUAUCGAUCUGCACCGACUUUAGGAGGCUCCUGAAAGAACCCCUCCCAAUUGGGUAUUUCGGAAAUGCUGUGCAUUUUUCAAAGCUUUCACUGAAAGUGAAAGACACUGACAGUGAACGAUUAGGAAGCAUAGCUAGUCAAGUGCAUAGGCACUUGGAAGGGGUUGCAGAGGAAGAAAUCUGGUGUGCCAUAGAAUGGUUUGAGUCGCAAAAGGAAUCAGAGGGAGGGAAGUUCAAAUCACCUACUUGCAUGUAUGGGCCUGAGUUAACUUGUGUUUGCAUGGAGCACAUGAUAAUUUCGUCAGAAGAAGCAGAUCAACCGUUGCUAUAUGCUGCAAUGUUUAGCAAAAAUGAGAAGCCAGCUCAUGUUUCAUGUCACGUGGGGAAUAUGAAUGGUGAAGGUUUAAUCAUGGUGAUGCCUUCCUUAGAAGGAGGGCUUGCAAGAACGGUGAUGGUGAUGCUGCCAGAGGAAGAACUCCCUCAACUAUGCAACGAUCAAGUUAUAUCGCAGCUGGAGCCUACAAUGCUUCUUACUGGUUGUGUGUUAGACCAUUGAUUUUCCUUUGGCUUAAAUAAUCCACAGGGAAGUUAUUUUUUAAUUUAUAUGUGUGUGUGCGUGUGCAGGGAAGUUAUUUUUUAAUGUGUGUGUGUGUUGAAUUAACCCAGAGAUUUGAUGGUGAUUGUACCUAGACUUCUGGGAGGUGAUAAGGAGAGAAGAAUAAAGCUUCAGUUGAGUAUAUGUUUAUAUUCCGAGGGGGAGCCUGUUUGUGUAAUGUAAAAUUUCGUUCAUAUUAUUAAGCUGCCAAAUAAGACAAGUAUUCAUAAUUUCACCUCUCUCCAGAGA